AUGUUGGGACAAAUAGAGAGAGAAUUAAGUAAACUUAUAAUUAAGGAGAUGUCAACGAUGAAUAAUAAUAAUAUAGAGGAUCCAACACGAGUAUUAAUAAUAGAGAAUAUAGAUAAUGUAUCAAGUGAUAUUAUACAAUCAAUGAUUGAUAAUAAUAGUUUUGGUAUUGAUAAGGUUUCACUUGUAGUUUCCAAAUAUAUCCCAAUACUUCGAUCACUUAUAAUGGUAUUCAAGAAUCGUGAUGAUUCAUUCUCUGUCAAAUUAUUCCUCGAAGGUCAAUCACUGGCCUUCAACUCCUCAACCAACAAUAUUUACUUUGGAAAGGAUAUAAGUGAUCAAUUUAUAAAGAGAUAUCAAUCUAAACAACAUCAGAGAUAUUUGUCACCGGCUACUAUUAAGGCUCGUAGUCCAUAUCAUCAAUGUUAUGAGAAGUUACCAUCAUUCCCAUUGUCAUUGGAUAACUCUGCCGAGAGUUUAUCAACAAUCAAUGAGAUCAUAUACAAAGAUAUAACAUCGAAUGGAUUCCCAUCAAUCACACUCGAGUACUGCGUC